AUGCGCAUCUUUCUUAUAGUUUUUAAGUGUAAGCAGAAUCUUAAGCGACGAGAUAGAAUUAUAGCGAGGGCGAGGACGAAGGAUACUCAAGCAAGGAAUAAGGUUUAUCCGAUAACGCAAGAAUCCGACAUUGCUAUAGAUAAAGCUAGGAUUCGGAGGAAGCUCGAGUCUAAAAAGUGUCCCGCCUUGGUAGUGCCGACUUGCUACAGCAAAUCGGUCAAUUCUUUCGAAUCAAAAUUUAAGGAAACCGACGAUUAUAUCAUUAAAAUUAAAUGCUUGUUGUUUAAUAAGUGGUAUACCGUUACUGUCCCGCCUUGCUGGGUGUCUCGCUUUGGUGGUGCCGACUUGGCUGCGCCAGGUCGGGAUUUUUUACAAAUUAAAUUCAAGGUAACCGACGAUUACCUCGAUACGUUCAGCACGACCAACUACCUUGAUACAUUUAAUACGUUUACUCAUACGAUGAUAGAGAAUGAUAAAUGGUCUAAGUCCAUGUCCAAGUCCAAGUCUAGCUCCCGCCCCGGGUCCAGCUCUCGCCCCGGGUCCAGCUUCCGUCUCAAGUUUAACCUACCUUACGGUCAAGGUCUAGUUCCGGCUCCAGAUCUUGCUCCAGGUCUAGCUCUAGCUCCCGUCCCAAGGGAAUACAGCUUCCGCUCUAGUUCUAGCUCUCGUUUCGAGUUCAGCUUCAAGUCCAAGUCCAAGUUUAGCUCCCGCCCCAGGUCUAGCUCUAGCUCUUAUCCCAAUCUCUUAGGUUUAUAUCCAGGCCCAGAUCUAUAUCUAGGCCCAAGUCCAUGUUCAGCUCCCAAGUCCAUAUCCAGGCUCAGGUCUAUGUCCAGGACCCAGGUCUAUAUCCAAGCUCAGGUUUAUAUCCAAGUCCAAAUCCAGGUCCAGCUCUUAGGUCUAUAUCCAGCUUCUAGGUCUAGCUUUCAACUCUCAGGUCCAAGUCUAGCUCCCGGUCCAGCUUUAAGUCUAGCCCUCGAUCCAGCUCCCGGUCCAAUUCCAAGUUCAGCUUUAAAUCCAGGUUUAAGUCCGGCUUCAAGUCCAGCUUCAGCUUCUAGUCCAGACCUCGCACCAAAUCCAGGUCCAGGCCCAAGUCCAGGCCCAGGUCCAGUUCCAAGUCCAGCUCUAAAUCCAGAUCCAGGUUUAUAUCCAGCUCUUAGGUCCAUGUCCAGGCCCAGGUCUAUAUCCAGCUCUAGGUCCAGGUCCAGGUCCAGCUCCCAGGUCUAUAUCCAGGCUCAAGUCUAUGUCCAGCUCCCAGGUCUAUAUCCAGCUCCUAACUUCCAAGUCCAGGUCUAUAUCCAGCUCCCAGGUCUAUGUCUAGCUUUCAAGUCUAUAUCCAGGUCCAGGUCCAGGUCCAGCUCAAGUCCAGCCCCCGAUCUAGCCCUUAAUCUAGCCCCGGAUCUAGCUUUAAGUCCAAGUCCAAUUCCAGUUUCAGCUUCAAAUCCAACUCCAAUUCCAAUUCCAGCUCCCGCCUCAGCUUCCGCUCCCGCUCCCGCUCCAACGAUAUCUCAACGCAAUGCUAGAAGCUGGACCGUCCAGCUCCCAGGUCCAGGUCCAGCUUCUAGGUCCAGGUCCAGGUCCAGGUCCAGGUCCAGGUCCAGCUCAAGUCCAGCUUCAGCUUCCAAUCUAGCCCCCGAUCUAGCCCCCGAUCUAGCCCUCGAUCCAGCUUUAAGUCCAAGUCCAAUUCCAGCUCCCGCCUCAGCUUCCGCCUUCGCUUCCGGUCCAAGUCCGUUUAGCUCCGAUCAAGCUAACCCAGCCCUAUCAGGUACAGCGAAAUCUCAACGGAAACUCUUAAGUCCAGGUCCGAGUCCAUAUCCAGGCCUAGUUCUAGUUCCAGCUCCAGGUCUUAAUCUAGCCCUCGAUCUAGCCUUGAAUCAAGUUCCAAUCCUCGCCCCUACCUUAGCUCCCGCCCCCGCCUCCGCCUCCGCCCCCGCCCCCGCCCUCGCCUCCGCUCCUCCUCCCUCUCCUCUUCCAAAUCUAUUUUUAGCUUUAAUCAAGCCAACAUAA